AUGGUUGACUCCGACUCAGACAUUUUGAAUGCAAUUGAAGGAAUUGCAAGUGUCAAGUUCGAAUGGUACCAACCUAACCCUCAAGCAGUCAGACAACAUGCUGGAUACUUUCCGUUCAUAAAUAAGUCUGACAUUGACUUGACAAGGUAUGGAAUUUACAAUUCAAUUGAAACAAUUGUCAAUGAACCUUGUAUUCUUACAUGUCUCAGGAACUCUGGUCUUGUUACAGAUGAGAAGAUGAAGUAUCUUGAGUCAUGUGUGAAGACAAGGUACAUUCUCAGAGGUCAAUUGGCAAAAAUUGCACCGUUGGCAAAUGUCAAUAUCCGAGUCAACAUACCUACAGCUAAAGGUUCUUCACAUGACGACUAUGUUGUUGACAAAGACUUAUCAUGGUUGAAGAUUGCAAUUGUCCACAACCACUUCAUGUUGAACGAAAGUCUUACAAACCCAUUGUUCGGAAAAGGCAAGUGCAACAUUGUCAGAGCUGUAAACAUUCUUUUCGAGAAAGGUUUGUUGGAACCAAUUCCAGAUGACAAGCUGACAGAAACUUUUGUACCAAAAGACGAAACAAACUUUUCACUGUUAGCAAGACCAAAAGUUGUUCCAGACAAAGUUCUAG